AUGGCUUCGUCGUCUUCCCCACCCUCACGGUCCCCGGUCCAACGCUCGUUCUCCCAGAACGGUAUCGACGAACGGGGGGAUUAUAAGGCCGUCCCACUAAAAGAAGAGGAUGUUGUGGAAGCGAGAAAAACCGCUCCACAUGAGGCGUCCAGUUCGCCAACAUCUUAUUGCAUUUCCUCGAUUUUAAUGACCGUCGUGAACAAGGUAAAUGACCAGACUGGUGUCGGACAAGGAUUGCACUGCUAA